AUGGGUAUCUACUUCUGUUACUGCUCUGGGGGAUUCACAGGAACAAGCUGUGAAACAAAUAUAAAUGAGUGUAAACCCGACUCUUGCUCCGGAGCUGGUAUCUGUAUCGACCAGAUAAUGGGCAUUAAGUGUCAGUGCAACAAGGGGCACUCUGGCGACCACUGCGAAACCCCUGAUCCACUUUGCUCCAGUCAUAACUGCGUGAACAACGGGAUAUGCGUAUUGGAACAGAGUAAAGCAGUAUGUAGAUGUCCACUGAGAUAUGGCGACCCUCUCUGUCAGACAGAUAAAAAAUCAACUGGGGGAACUCCCGUAAAUAAAGACAAUGGCCAUAAAGAGUCGCCAUUCACAACUCCAACCCUGGUAAAUGGGGGUGGCAUCCAGUGUACGGUCGGUGAAUCGUGUAGUGUUCCGCUCUUCAUCCGUGAACCUCCCUCAGGGUGUGUAGCAGGCAGUCAUCAUCACUGGUCAAUCAACAUCGCAUUUUGUACUGGAAAUAUUGAUCAUACCUAA